AUGACAAAGCCGGUAGUCUACGUUCUUGACCCUUACCACGAGCAUGCAGUAGUGCUUCUGCAGUUGACUAAAUCGGUCGACGUCGUCCUCUGGAAUGACGACCAUAAGGCAGACUGGCGUCAGCAUGCACAGGAAGUGCUCGUGCGAUCAGAAACGCAACUACGAGUCUCCGACUUUGCCCAAGCAAAGCAACUACGUAUUGUAGUGAAACAAGGUGUCGGAUGCGACAACAUCGAUUUAAAUGCCGCCAAAGCUGGCCGGGGUCGCGGUACACAAUAUUCCCGGCUUAAACAGCGAAUCUGUGGCCGGGUUCACUCUCGCUCUAGCCCCCUCCCUGAGCGAAAAGAUUCUACGUUGGAUAAGCUACUCAGAAGCUCGGACGUUGUUCUGCUGCACUUCCCUCUACUCAAGAACAUUAGAGGAUUGAUAAAGGAACGCGAAUUAAAUAUGAUGAAGCAAACAGCAAUCUUGAUCAACGCAGCCAGAGGCGGGAUUGUGGUCGAGAAUGCUUUACUCCAAGCAUUGAAAGAGAAGAAGAUAUGGGGUGCGGCCUUGGAUGCAAUGGAGGUUAAAUCACCCACACUGGACGCAUACAGGAAUUUCUAUGGACUUAACAAUGUUAUUAUUACGCCGCACAUCGGCGCAUCAACGGUCGAGAACCAGAUUAACAGUGGGAUUGCUGCGGCGAGGGCAGUUGGCUGCUUUAGAAGGGAAGAGCAAUGUUCCUGGGAAGUUGGUAUGAAUAUAAUCUACUGUGAACAAGUGAAUACCCUAGAAACAUUCUGUAUGAAGUAGUUCAAACUGACUAGUUACUGAGAGUUCGCAAAUUCCGAGCAUCGCUGCGUUAUGAGAACUGCGAGCUGAAGCCACUCGGGUAUUUUUAGGUAAGAAGUCAAAUUUUCAAGACGUUGUGGAUUCAAUAAAAUAAUUAAGCAAUUCUUUGAUUUGAC